CUUCACACCACACUUUAUUCACCCACUCACCCCCAAACUCCCAAAUCCCUCCCUCAAUCAACCUACCUUGAAGCUUGCGCCACUUGCUAUUUUGCCCCCCCUUCUAUCAUCUCCUCUCCCCCAAUUGCAUGCAAUUUCUCAAAUGGGUUAUACUCCUUCUGCCCCCGACUUAAUUCCGCAGCAGCAGCAGCAGCAUCAUGGACGACUCGUCAAGCUCAUUCUCCCUCGGUUUUUCAUCCGUCAAUGAUUCCGAGUCGCGCACUGACAACACCACUGCCACCACCACCUAUACCAACACCCCCAGCCGCAGCGGCAGCAGCGGUGUUGGCGGUGCCGGAGGAGGAGCAGCAGGGGGCUUCCUCAGCAGUCGGAGUGGGAGCUCCGACUGGUCGUGGGAAAUCAGAAGCAAUUCCGCCUUGCCCCCGGGCUUGCAACCUGCAACUGCUACUCAUGCCGCGAACUUCCCAGCCCCCUCGCACGCUUUGCCUCUCCCACCGCCCCUCCUCCCGACUACGACCACUAUCACCAGCACUGCCUCUCGACAGCCCAAGCGCGAUCGCUCGGAGCACCAGCACCAGCAGGAGCAAUCCCGCUCCCGCAACCGUCCCAUAGCUCGUCACCAAUCCUCCUCCUCCUCGUCCCAUGACAUCGCCUUCGCCGGCCCGUCCAGACUGGCCGGCAAGGUGGCUAUCCCCCGCACCACCAGCUUCAACAGCCAGACCCAGCGCCGUCGAUCCACGCGGGCAUGUGAACCCUGUCGCUUGCGGAAGAUCAAGUGCGAGGGGGACAAGCCUGUCUGUCAACAGUGUGCCGAUCACAACGUGACCUGUACUUAUGUGGAAGUGAAGCGGGUGCGGGACCAGAAGAAACUGUGCUCGUUGACCAGUAAGGUGGGGAUCUAUGAGCAGCUGUUGCAGGAGGUGGAACGCACCACGGACGAAGACACGGCGAGGAGGAUCCGGAGGGCGUUGAGGGUAAGUCUUCGCUUGUUCCUUGAGUCUCGGGUGAGGGUCACUUUCGGUCAGAUGCGGCAUGCUAAAGGUGCAGUAGCUACGAGUCUCCGAUGGGACCACGCCAGAAGAACCGCCGCCGAAUGAGAACGAGGGGUCUGAGUCGGAUUCCUCGUCCAUUGGCUCGCUCAAUGAGUUGGAUAGGGUGGAGGAG